AUGAAGGAGGUAACAGUGACCAUACUUUUCCAGAUAUUGGACACCACUCCACCGGUUAUUCAAAACUGCCCUUCUCAACUCAGUGAAGAAAUUGGCUUUGGUGCAACAUCUGGUGUGGUUGCAUGGCCAACUGUAUUUGCAUCUGACAAUUCUGGUCAAGUUCAGGUUUCCAGUAAUUCGCGUAACAACGGGGAUAUCUUCCCCUUAGGCACCACAGCUGUUACGAUUGAGUUCUCAGAUCCUUCUGGCAAUACAGCCCUAUGUUCCUUCACGGUCACUGUAACAGCACAAGCUGAUAACAUACCACCUGUUGUAAUUUGCCCUCCGGACGUUACUGAAACAGUUGAAUUAGGCACUUCUUCCAGACAAGUAAUCUUUGACACUCCCAAUGUUAGUGAUAAUUCUGGAAGCUUCAGCCUUGUGCAAGCAAGUCAUCAAUCUGGAAAUAGCUUUACUACAGGAACAACAACAGUCACCUACACUUAUGCUGAUGGAAGCGGAAAUACAGCUUCUUGCUCAUUUGUAAUCAACAUAAUUGCUGUGGAUCGUGUACCUCCACAAGUAACAUGUCCGCCUGAUGAAGUAUAUAACGUUGAAGUGCCGUUAAGUGGUAGAACAGUUAAUUUUGGCACCGCAACAGCAACUGACCUUUCUACUGUAUCUCUGGUCAGUGUUACACCUCAGACUGGAACUUUCUUUUCCACGGGAUCAACUACAGUGACAUACACUUACAGAGAUGCCAGCAACAAUGAGGCUUCCUGCACUUUCUCUGUCAUUGUUAAUCCAGUUGAUACGACUAAUCCCCAGAUAGUGUGCCCAGAAAGGUUCACUGAGUCUUCUACUGUGGGUACAGGUGGGACAGUAGUUGCCUGGAUCUCUGCCACAGCAACAGACAACUCUGGUUUUGUCACUGUCACAUCUGAUCGUGUUUCACCAAUGUUUUUGAACUUCGGAGAGACGAUUAUUACAUACACUGCAAGAGAUUCCUCUGGAAAUAUUGCUAUUUGCUCAUUUACAAUUGUUGUGAUAGAAGUUGAUAACAUGCCACCUGUUGUAAUUUGCCCUCUGGACGUUACUGAAACAGUUGAAUUAGGCACUUCUUCUAGACAAGUAUUCUUUGAUACUCCCAGUGUUACUGAUGACUCUGGAAUCUUCAGCCUCGUACAGGCCAGUCAUCAACCAGGAAAUAGCUUUACUACAGGAUCAACAACAGUCACCUACACCUAUACCGAUGGAAGCCAAAAUUCAGCUUCUUGCUCAUUUCAAGUCAACAUUAUUGCUGUGGAUCGUGUACCUCCACAAGUAACGUGUCCGCCUGAUGAAGUGUAUAACGUUGAAGUGCCAUUGAGUGGUAGAACAGUUAAUUUUGGCACCGCAACAGCAACUGACCUCUCUACUGUAUCUCUGGUCAGUGUUACACCUCAGACUGGAACUUUCUUCUCCACGGGAUCAACUACAGUGACAUACACUUACAGAGAUGCCAGCAACAAUCAGGCUUCCUGUACUUUCUCUGUUAUUGUUAAUCCAGUUGAUACGACUAAUCCCCAGAUAGUGUGUCCGGAAGGGUUUACUGAGUCCUCUACUGUGGGUACAGGCGGGACAGUAGUUACCUGGAUCUCUGCCACAGCAACAGACAACUCUGGUUUCGUCACUGUCACCUCUGAUCGUGUUUCACCAAUGUUUUUUAACUUUGGAGAGACAAUUAUCUCAUACACUGCAAGAGAUCCCUCUGGAAAUAUUGCUAUUUGCUCAUUUACUAUUGUUGUGAUAGAAGUUGAUAACAUGCCACCUGUUGUAAUUUGCCCUCUGGACGUUACUGAAACAGUUGAAUUAGGCACUUCUUCUAGACAAGUAUUCUUUGAUACUCCCAGUGUUACUGAUGACUCUGGAAUCUUCAGCCUCGUACAGGCCAGUCAUCAACCAGGAAAUAGCUUUACUACAGGAUCAACAACAGUCACCUACACCUAUACCGAUGGAAGCCAAAAUUCAGCUUCUUGCUCAUUUCAAGUCAACAUUAUUGCUGUGGAUCGUGUACCUCCACAAGUAACGUGUCCGCCUGAUGAAGUAUAUAACGUUGAAGUGCCAUUGAGUGGUAGAACAGUUAAUUUUGGCACCGCAACAGCAACUGACCUUUCUACUGUAUCUCUGGUCAGUGUUACACCUCAGACUGGAUCUUUCUUCUCCACGGGAUCAACUACAGUGACAUACACUUACAGAGAUGCCAGCAACAAUGAGGCUUCUUGCACUUUCUUGGUCAUUGUUAAUCCAGAAUUUGGCCCAAUGGCCCUUGGUGCCACAGGCACGGCACUCAUCGUCAUAUACAGGGCACUGACGAGGCCAGCUAGGCAGGUCAAUCAACAGGCAUGGUAUCCAUGUUACGGGAGGUGUAUGAAGUGCUUAGAUAUCAAUACUGAUAUCGUAACAACUGUCACAUCUGAUCGUGUUUCACCAAUGUUUUUGAACUUUGGAGAGACAAUUAUCACAUACACUGCAAGAGAUCCCUCUGGAAAUAUUGCUAUUUGCUCAUUUACUAUUAUUGUGAUAGAAGUUGAUAACAUACCACCUGUUGUAAAUUGCCCUGCGGACGUUACUCAAACAGUUGAAUUAGGCACUUCUUCCAGACAAGUAUUCUUUGACGUUCCCAAUGUUAGUGAUAAUUCUGGAAGCUUCAGCCUUGUACAAGCAAGUCAUCAACCUGGAGCUAGCUUUACUACAGGAUCAACAGCAGUCACCUACACCUAUACUGAUGGAAGCCAAAAUUCAGCUUCUUGCUCAUUCCUCGUCAACAUUAUUGCUGUGGACCGUUUACCUCCACAAGUAACAUGCCCGCCUGAUGAAGUAUAUAACGUUGAAGUGCCAUUGAGUGGUAGAACAGUUAAUUUUGGCACCGCAACAGCAACUGACCUUUCUACUGUAUCUCUGGUCAGUGUUACACCUCAGACUGGAACUUUCUUCUCCACGGGAUCAACUACAGUGACAUACACUUACAGAGAUGCCAGCAACAAUGAGGCUUCUUGCACUUUCUUGGUCAUUGUUAAUCCAGUUGACAACACUCCACCGAUUAUUCAAAACUGCCCUUCUCAACUCAGUGAAGAAAUUGGCUUUGGUGCUACAUCUGGUGUGGUUUCAUGGCCAAUUGUAUUUGCAUCUGACAAUUCUGGUCAAGUUGAGGUCUUGAGACGUUCUCAUAACAACGGGGAUAUCUUCCCCUUAGGCACCGCAGCUGUUACGAUUGAGUUCUCAGAUCCUUCAGGCAAUACAGCUCUGUGUUCCUUCUCGGUCACUGUAACAGCACAAGUUGACAACAUACCACCUGUUGUAAAUUGCCCUCCGGACGUUACUCAAACAGUUGAAUUAGGCACUUCUUCCAGACAAGUAUUCUUUGAUACUCCCACGGUUAGUGAUAAUUCUGGAAGCUUCAGCCUUGUACAAGCAAGUCAUCAAUCUGGAAAUAGCUUUACUACAGGAGCAACAAUAGUCACGUACACCUAUACUGAUGGAAGCGGAAAUACAGCUUCUUGCUCAUUUCGAAUCACCAUUAAUGCUGUUGAUAACAUACCACCUGUUGUAAAUUGCCCUGCGGACGUUACUCAAACAGUUGAAUUAGGCACUUCUUCCAGACAAGUAUUCUUUGACGUUCCCAAUGUUAGUGAUAAUUCUGGAAGCUUCAGCCUUGUACAAGCAAGUCAUCAACCUGGAGCUAGCUUUACUACAGGAUCAACAGCAGUCACCUACACCUAUACUGAUGGAAGCCAAAAUUCAGCUUCUUGCUCAUUCCUCGUCAACAUUAUUGCUGUGGAUCGUGUACCUCCACAAGUAACAUGCCCGCCUGAUGAAGUAUAUAACGUUGAAGUGCCAUUGAGUGGUAGAACAGUUAAUUUUGGCACCGCAACAGCAACUGACCUUUCUACUGUAUCUCUGGUCAGUGUUACACCUCAGACUGGAACUUUCUUUUCCACGGGAUCAACUACAGUGACAUACACUUACAGAGAUGCCAGCAACAAUGAGGCUUCUUGCACUUUCUUGGUCAUUGUUAAUCCAGAUAUGUAA